AUGAGGGAAGUUAAAAUACUCAUUUGGCUACUGGUCAGUGGAGUAGUAGUUUCCUCAAUGGGGCAGCUCCUUGUCCUUAAGGAUUUUCUGGAAGCAGUGCACAAAGAAAAACCUAUUUCCACUCUUCUUCUGAUGCAAAGGAAAGUUCACAAAGAGGAACUGCAGGAACUGUACCCCACAUCCUGGCCCAUAAUUUGUUUGGAUGAUACUGAAAUGAUUGAGUUGGUUUACCAUUUCAAUAGUGAAUUUCUGGCGCUGGUCUAUAUGGAAUCUCUGGAGGAUAUAUUGCUACUCUCAGCACUGGCAGCAAACUUCAAUCACAUGAGAGAGGCCAGGAUUGUAAUUUGCCUGCAGUUCAUGUCUUCUAAAAAGUUUCUAGAUGACAUCGCUCAUCAGGCGGCUGAGCACAAGUUCCUUAAUCUCUUGGUAAUCGAAAAGUCCUACAACAUCUUUCGAUUCUAUCCAUUUCCACACCCGGACUUUCGAGUGGUUGACAAUCCGCUCGAAGAAAAGGAAAUCUUUCCCACUCUCUGGCGCAACUUCAUGGGAAAGUCGGCUCUGACAAUGCCUGACAUGGUGCCACCUCGAAGUUUUCUUUCCACAGAUCCUCGAACGGGUCGCAGAAGGCUCAAUGGCUUCGUCUUCCACACAUUGAAGUCCUUUACCGACAGGCACAAUAUCACGCUGAAACUGCUCAGACCCCUGAAUGGAAAUAUGUCCCAAGGGGAGAUUUUUGAGAGGACACUAAAGGGGGAGCUGGAUCUGCCAAUACUCGGUCAGUUUACUAUCUCCAGACACCAAAACUUUAGCAAGAAGGAAGGUUUUCUGUCAAUAACAACAGUGUCCAUUGCAGUUCCUUGUGGGCUGGAGCUCUCGUUGUUCGACCGAUUUUUUGUCGUCUACGGAUUUCAAUCGACCAAUAUAUUUUUAAUAACAUACCUUCUUCUGAGCUCUGCGGAUGUCGUUCUGAGGACACUAAGCGAUCGGGUGAGACGCCAUCGAAGACGCUUUGAGUUCCUCAUCUGUGUAUUUAAUCUGCGGGUGCUGAGAUGCCUUAUGGGCAUGUCUAUUCCGCUAGGGAAUAGGGUCAGAUCCGUCAGGGGACAAUUGACCAUGGCGAUGAGUUUUUCAGGCUUGAUUUUGACCUGCAUUGUGGCCGCCCAAUAUAGCAACCUGCUUACCAUAAGUCCCCAGUACCGGUACAUCAUGAAUUUUCCAGAGCUGCGCGACAGUAAAUUAACCGUCGUUCUUAACAACCAGGUCUACAAUUUAACCAAGCGGUUUUAUCCCGAGAUUCUAUCGAAGUUUUUCCCUAAUAUCUGGAUUAUGAACAGUUACGACCAAUUGGAAUUGAUCAUUGCUUUGAAUACUAGCUAUGCCUACCAUACAUACCAAUACAAAAAUGAUCCCUUCUCGCAGCUACAAAUGCAUUCCACCCGAAAGGCUUUGUGUAGGACCCCAAAACUACGGCUGUUCAGUGAUCUCACAUACUCCUCUGUCCUGCCGAUGAAUUCGAUUUACGGCUUGGCCUUACAAGAGCACUGUCUUCAGGUCUGGAGUUCCGGGCUGUUAGCUCAUUGGGUAGAUGAAGCGGUUCGGGAUAUUGUGUCCAUGUCCACUGUGAGGAACACCCGAUUUGCCAGGUUGCCGUUGGUGACCGACUUUAAGCCAUUAAAGCUUCAGGACUACAAAGGAUGUUGGCAUUUACUUGCGAUUGGUUUUACUCUCGCUUUAUGUGUUUUCAUGGCGGAAUUACUAGUGGGUUGGAGAAGAGGACGGACAAGGAAUAUAUUAAUCUGA